AUGCGUGAUACCAUUAGCGCCAAUCCAGCUAUUCUCCGACUUAUUUACGAGCGUCUCGUAAAAUUUUUGUCGAGGAUGUAUUCCUCGUGGUCUAUUGACAAGCAGUGCGACAUUGUGGAGGUUAUCCAGGCUGGCGCUCCAGAGAACCUCCAUCGCGACUAUCAGCAGACCGAGUACGCCGCCGCCAUCGAAAAGCAUGAAUGGCUCCUAUCUGUCAUUCGUAGAUAA